AGGUGUGCGGGGAGGGGAUCACGACAGCAGGAGCAGACUUGCUGUGUAAGAGGCUAGAUUGGCGGGACAGAGAGCUGCAUGGUUGUUGCAGGGUGGGAGGGCUGCAGUCUCCAGCCUCAGGGAUUACUCGAGCCUAGUCAUGUCGCCCCUCUCACUCUGAAACCUCCUAUGCGGCCUCAGGCUUCACAGUAUGUCAGAGAAGACAGCAAGUGCUGGGUCAUUCUUAUGCCUGAUAUGGGCUUUACUGGGCUGUCGCGGAAAACUCUUGCUCAGAACGGGAGGACAUUGCGUGUAGGCUGCAUCCAGGCCAAGCUUGGCCCUACUCUAGGCUCAUUCGCUGCGGAGAUUCUGCUUGUUUUCCUCUUGGACAGUGGACAAGGAGGAUCUGAUGUUGAGACCCCAUCCAUCUACCCUCCGCAUCUUUCCUGUGUUUCCUUCUGCCCGACCUUGUGACCGUGUGAGCAAAGCCACCCUUGCAACCCAUGUGCAUCAUCUUCUUUAAGUUUGAUCCUCGUCCUGUUUCCAAAAAUGCAUACAGGCUCAUCUUGGCAGCUAACAGAGAUGAAUUCUACCACAGGCCAUCCAAGUUGGCAGACUUCUGGGAGAACAACAGCGAGAUCCUCAGUGGGCUCGACAUGGAGGAAGGCAAGGCAGGAGGAACAUGGCUGGGCAUCAGCACACGUGGGAAGCUGGGGGCGCUCACCAACUACCUACAGCCCCGACAAGAGCCAGACGCCCGUGGUAGAGGUGAACUUGUAUCUCACUUUCUGACCAGUGACAUGGACAGCCUGUCCUACCUGAAGAAGGUCUCUACAGAGGGCCACCUGUACAAUGGCUUCAACCUCAUAGCCGCUGACCUGAGCACAGCAAAAGGAGAUGUUGUUUGCUACUAUGGAAACCGGGGAGAGCCUGAGCCUAUUGUUUUGGCACCAGGAACCUACGGGCUAAGCAAUGCCCUGCUGGAGACGCCCUGGAAGAAGCUGUGCUAUGGCAAGCAACUCUUCAUGGAAGCCGUGGAGCAGAGCGAGGCACUCCCUAAGGACGCCCUUGUCAGCCAGCUCCUGGACAUCCUCAACAACGAGGAGGCACAGCUGCCAGACCCAGCCAUUGAGGACCAGGGCCAGGAGUAUAUACAGCCGAUGCUGAGCAAAUAUGCAGCCGUGUGUGUCCGCUGUGACACCUAUGGCACCAGAACCAACACCAUCAUCCUUGUGGAUGCAGAUGGCCAUGUGACCUUCACUGAACGAAGCAUGCUGGACAAAGACACCUCCCGCUGGGAGACCAACACCUAUGAGUUCACACUACAGAGUUAGCCCCUGCCAGGUUCCUAGGAUGCUGUUCAUCAAGGGCCAGCAUGGACAGGAAGGAACCUUUCAUGGCCACCCUGCAUAUCUGUGGCUCAGCCAGCAUCUCUAGGACCAGGUUGUUCUGAUCUGUGUCCUCAUACUCAGCUCAGGGUUUCUCUUUGUCAAUGGAGAAUGACAGAGUUAAAUACUAGGUCUGAGUCAGGCCUGGGUAUGCCAUAUGUGAACGCACAGACCUCUUGCUCAACCCCACCAUCACUGUGUGCACCUGACUGAUGAGCAGGAGUAUGCCUCUCACCUCACACGUUUGGCCAGAGGGUCUCAUCCCUGAACAGGUAACAAAAGCAGACUUUUUAUAGAAACUGGAGAUCCUGUAUUUCAUGCUCAUGUGUGUUCAGUGGUUCUGCAUGUACAAGGACCCUGUGUGCAUUUUCUCAGUCUUGUAGUGUGGACCCCGGGAUCUCUUAGACCCCUGCUUGCCCAGGAUUGUGGGUUCUGAGCAAGACCAUCUUAACCAGCCCCUGCCAUCUCCUAUUGCCCUUGUUAAAAACCGUACACCAUAGGAAUGUGAACUUGAAUGUGCACAGUGAUAAUAAAAUUUUAAGGUUGUAA